CUUCUCUCCCACAUCCGCACGAGCAGUCUGGUUUAGAGGUGAUAACCGGCAUCCCCGCGACCACUCUCCUCUUCGAAGCUGUUCUUCAUCUGUGUUGAUUCGAAGCGGGGCUUCUCGAAGUGUGGGCGAUUUGAGGGUUAAGAAGCGACGAGCCCUUUCUUCAACUUUAAGACGGCGACGCACACCAGUGGAGAUGGCGGACGGGGCCCUGAAGCUACGCAUUCCAAGUCAUGAUUAUUUCCCCGCGCAGUAUUCCGUCUGUUCAGCCUUCAGAAUUGCAGCGAAGUGGGUAAAAGACAGGUUAUCUCCAACACAAAAGGAUAGGUUUCGUGAAUUACCUUGGGGCCAUCUCAUUGACAUCCCACAAACAGACAACUCUGGCCAAAUCUUGCACAUGCUGGCCUUACACAUAGUGCAGGACCAACCGGAUAAUGAGCUGUGGUUUGGCAUUGGGGGUACACUGUAUAAGUUCACUUAUGCAGAUUUUAGCUACAUAAGUGAAUUACCAAUACAUGACGAACCAGAAGCUGCUGAAGCAGACCUUGCCGCACCAGAGGAUGAAGAUUGUGGAGAUGAUUCUGGACAACAAUCUGGCCAAGAAGAUGAACCAGUAGGGGCCCUUGCGGAGAAGUAUUUCGGUGGCAAAGAUAACAUAACCCACGCCAAUAUGAAGAAUAUCUUUACAAAACUGAAGCCAUCCAAACGCGGUGAUGAUGCUGUGAAGUUGGCCUCGUUGUUCUAUAUUGAGUGUGUUUUGCUUGCCAAGGACAACACUACGAGGAUCAAUGCAUCAUCAGUCAGAUUGGCCAACGAUUUAGAGGCAUUCGGGAAGUGUCCGUGGUCACUUCAAUCUUACAAGAUAUUGGUGAAACACAUGAAGGAUCUGAUGCAAGACCAACCUGAUAAGUUCCAGGAGCGGAAGAAGAAGAAUCCUAAGUAUAAGAAUGCAAAGUUAUCUGUUUACGGGUUUCCACUAGUUUUGCAGGUGUGGGCGUACGAAGAAAUUCCUGAAGUUGGUACGCACUUUGCAAACAAAGUGGGUAAUCAUGACGUGCCUUUGCUUAAUUGGACGGCUGUACCGAAAUUUCAUUACUCCAAGCUUAGAAGAUUGGUCUUUCCAGAGGAGGAGGAAAAGGUUUCUGAUUCAGAGGAGGGAGAGGAAGAAGAUGAAACAAACGAGGAAGACGUUCAAGUUUUUGGAAAACUGAAAAUAUUGGAGGAGAUGCAGAACCUGCGGGUAUGUGUUGAAAAGGUGGAAAAGAAGAUUACUAUCGUUGAAGAUAGUAUUUCAGAAAUUAAGGUACUACUUCAGAAGCUGAUUGGUAAUCAGAAUCCAUCUGUUCAAGAAGAGGUUGAUAAGGUUGAUAAUGAUGACGUGAUUGUUCAGGACGAGGCUGCGGUUGAGGCGGAGGGUGAGAACAUAGUACAAACUAGUGACGGUGAAGAUGCCGAGGUUAUCCAUGCUGAUGCCGGUCAAGGUGAAGGUCAGGGUCCCGCUGCAGAUGUUCCUUUGAAGAGCACGAGUGUACAUGAAGAAGGUGCCGCUGCAGAUGGUCAUGGGGUGGCAUACAGGCAGUUAUCUCCGACCGCAGAUUUUACCGCCCAUGAAGAUGGUGUUGUUAAGGAAGUUGGGGACGUUAGCAACCCCUUAAAGAAUGAAGGUGGCACACGGGCAGAUUUGAUCAUCUCACACUACUAGAAAACUGUCUUACAGUGACACUUGUGUAGUGACACUUUAUGAAAAAGUGUCACUAAUACACGACAUAUGUUUUUUAAAACGUAUAAUGACACUACUUUGUGAC